CAAAACACAAUCGCAACAGUACCGACAAACAAUGGCACAAUUGUUACGCUGCAUAACCUUGUGAGUGUGUAUUGAAUUCGCUCACAGGGCCGGAAACAGCACGGUCCGUUCGAGGUGACAUCGGAAUCAUUAGUGCGUCGAUCGAGAUCUUCAUAGCAAGUGCAUCCCGCCCGAAUUGCGUUGAGUGUGCGUUUUUCUGUUAAUUCGUUCGCGAAUCAGUGCAAUUCAGUGGAUUUCGUGUAGUUUUGGUUGUUUGAAUCUGAAGCUCGCAUUUGAACUUGGUUGAGACACGUGUGACCAACAUCGUGUCUUUCUUGGUCCGUCAUUGUCAAUCCGUACCGCCGGUCGCUAAAUGAGUAGGGCGCUCUUUGUCGUUCCACAGCGCCUGCUAUCAAUUGUCAGAUGUAACCCGGUUUCAUUGAUAACGCGCCAUUCGAGCAAGAUGAGCGAACAGCAGGAGAGCAACAUUACCAAGGGUGCAGAUAGUUGGUUUAACAAAUACACCAUGGUGGAAACCUCGCCCGAGGGCACGUUUAAAGGGGUGAAGGACCGUUUCAAUGGCAUAACUGUGGAUUCCAACAUGGAGACUUGCAGUGCGGACAGUUUUCCAACCAUUCUAAAGCGGUCCCUCGAGCACUGGAUCGAUAGCAAAAACCGUGGAAUCUGGUUCAAAGUCCACCUAAACGCUGCUAGUUGGAUACCGGAGCUUGUCAAUAAUGGAUUCCAGUUUCAUCAUGCCAAAAAUACGUUCGUUACGCUGUACCGCUGGCUGCCGGUGGAGGAAUCGGCCAACAUUCCUCCCUACUCGCACACGAUGGUCGGUGUCGGGGCGCUGGUGAUGAACGACCGGAACCAGGUGCUAGUGGUAAGCGAAAACUAUGCACUUAUCGCCGGCUCUUGGAAGCUUCCAGGAGGCUACGUAGAACCGAAUGAAAACUUUAUCGACGCUGCGAUACGGGAGGUGGCAGAAGAAACGAACAUACGCACCAAGUUUGAUUCUGUCGUUUCGAUACGGCACGCGCACGGUGCCGGUUUCGGCUGCUCGGACCUGUACAUCGUGAUGGCGCUGACUCCGCUGACGGAGGACAUCAGCAAGUGCAACCGCGAGAUUGCCCGUUGUGAGUGGAUGGACGUUAACAAGUAUCUGAACCAUCCAAACGUGCACGAAACGAAUCGAAACUUUGUGCGCACGUACCUGGAGUACAAACGGCUCGGUGUGCGCAUCGACUGCACGGAAGAGAUGCACCAAGUGCUGAAGAAGCGAUACAAUAUCUACUCCGUAGCCAAAGUGACGAAAAACGGCGAGAGUAGCACCGGCAACAGCAGCGAUAGUAUCACCACUUUGAAGUUAUAACAUCCGGACCAGCGGGUUGUUCGUGGAGUACGUUGAAAGAACGAACUACACGACAGACAUGCAGGUAUGUUCUACGGUGGAGGUUCAAGUAGACAAACAACAGGACCAUAAGUUUGUUUAUUGUUUUUUAUGUUAAUUCUACAUUGACUUUGUUUUUAUCGUCACAUUUUUAUAACCUUUUGGUUGGCCAAUGCCAUGAAAAGUGCAAGAUACUUCGAUAAAUCUGUGUAGUUUGACAAUUGUUA